AUGGAAAAACAGCCCGAGCCCGUCUCACCCCUCCUCUGCCUAUCCCCAAAUUCGAGAAGAAAAUCCAUCGCCAGCGGCCAAAGGGAGCUUAUGGAGAUGCUGAAAGACAUGCCCGAGUCAUCGUACGAGCUGUCCUUACAAGAUCUGGUCGAGCAUCACCGACAGAAAAUGGAAAUUGAUGAUGUUGAAGGCCCUCAUCUGCAAAAUAGGGCUAAAAAUCGGGCCGUUUUUGUGAAGAAGGUGAAGCGCCACAGAGGUUUUGAGGACAGGGGCUUGUUUCUGAAAAUGGGUUUCCCGUUUAAUUUGCAGUCGAGGAAGGUUAAGAGGAUUGGGGAUAGCAGUAAUUCGAUGUCGCCCAAGCCUGAGAGGGAUUGGUGGAAGAAGAAAUUUACUGGCUCCAAUGAUAGUGAGAGCAGUCGAAUUAGCAGCGAUAGCGGGCGGAGCUAUGGAGGCGGCAGCCAAAGUGUAAGUUCGAUCGAGAUCGAGGAGGUUGUCAGCAGUAAUAGUACUUUUGUCCAGUCUGAUGGGGAGUUUUUAGGGUUCCUCCCAAAAAAGUUUAGCAUUUUACCCGGUGCUGUUGAGAUGAUAUGCUAG